UUCUUGAUUACCUGUUUUAUUUUACACUUUUCAUUACUCUUUGAUGUAAAUAUAUUUUAUUAAGUAAAAAAAAAUUAUUUAUCUAAAUAAUAUCUAAUACCCAAGACUAUAAGUUGAAUUUUUUUUUUAUUUUGUAUUAUGUUCAAAACUCAAAGCUAAUUAUGUCUGACAUUUCUUUGAGACUAAAAUGUCGUUCGGGUACAUUCCCUGUUCAAAUAUCAUCAACAUGUAGUUUAAUUGAUUUUAGGGAGCAAAUAGCGGUUCUUAGUGAUAUAUCGUCUAAUAAAAUCAAGUUAUUGUUUGGAUUUCCACCAAAACUUAUAUUACAAUUUGAAGGUUCUGUGGCAGAUGCAGGAAUUAAAUCUGGUGAUACUAUUAUAGCUGAAUUGGAUACCAAUAGUUCUAGUAUUCAAAAAGCUAAAUGUAAAGCAGAAGAAAAUACUAUGAAACAUGUUACUGAACAUGAAGUUGGUGAAGGGCCACCAUUAAUAUUACGGAAAGUUGUACCAGCUGAUAAUUCAUGUUUAUUCACCAGCAUGGGAUUUGUUUUAGGAGGUAAAAUUGACUUAGGUAGUGGUAGUUAUAUGCGAGAAAUAAUUGCUAAUGCAGUAAAAGAUAACCAAGUUGAAUUUAGUGAAGCUGUUUUAGGCAAGCCUAAUGAAGACUAUUGUAAAUGGAUUCGAAAUCCAGAUUCAUGGGGUGGUGCAAUUGAAGUAUCUAUUUUAUCAAAUUUCUAUGGAGUAGAAAUAGCUGUGAUUGAUACACAAAGUGGGUCAAUUAGUAAGUUUGGAGAAGACAAAGAUUAUCCUCACCGUGUAUUCCUGAUUUAUGAUGGAAUUCAUUAUGAUCCGUUAUAUUUGGAAUCACCUUUUGGUAUUGGUGAAAUACAAACAUUGUUUCCAAAAAAUGAUGAUAGAAUGUUGGAAGCUGCUCAAAUACUCGCUAAUGAAGCCAAAUCUAGUAGACAAUAUACUGAUGUAAAUCGAUUUACGCUCAAGUGUCUGGACUGUGGCUGUAUAAUGAUUGGACAAAACCAAGCACAAGAGCAUGCUAAAUUGACUGCCCAUACAAAUUUUAACGAAUAUUAAUAUAAGAUAGCAAACUUUCAAUCUUUUUAUAUCAUAUUAGGUACCAAUAAAUUAUUUUAAAAUGAA